AUGUCUCUCAAAAACGAUGCAUUUCCUUCCUCUGCGGCGUUUGACGCCAUCAGCGACGCUCUCUCCAACGAUGCCGAGCGAAAAGCCGCGAUCAAGAACGGCGGCGCCAUCUUCGCAUUCGAGUUGACGAACGACAAGAAUGAGAAGGAGUCGUGGUACUUGGACCUGAAAGAGAGCGGAACGGUCGGGAAAGGACAACCGCCCAAGAAGGCAGACGUCACGUUGAUUCUGAGCGAGGAGAACUUUGGAAAGCUGGUCGCUGGCAAGUCCAAGGCCCAGACGCUGUUCAUGGGCGGGAAGCUGAAGAUCAAGGGCAACGUAAUGAAGGCAACGAAACUAGAACCCAUUCUUGGGAAGGCCAAGUCGCAAUCCAAGCUAUAG